AUGCCGCCCCCCUACAAUACCCAUACCACCACUGAUGAACUCGUUACCGAUUACACCUCCCUUAUAAAAGGAAAGGUCAUUUUGACUACCGGAGUCUCUUCCGGCUCCCUGGGUGGCUUUUUCGUCCAAUCCAUUUCCAAGGCCGAGCCUGCCUGGCUCAUCCUGGCCGCUCGCAAUGCCGACAAGCUGGCCCAGACGGCUGCAGAAAUCACCAAGGCCCAACCUGCGGUCAAGGUCCGCACGCUCCAGGUGGACCUGGGCUCCUUGAAAAGCGUGCGCGAGGCAGCCGCGCAGGUCAACUCUUGGGACGACAUUCCUGUUAUUGAUGUCCUUGUCAACAAUGCAGGAAUCAUGGCGGUGGAUUACAAGCUCUCCCCUGACGGAUUUGAGUCCCACCUGGCAACAAACCAUUUGGGGCCGUUCUUGUUCACCAACCUGAUCAUGAAGAAGAUCGUAGCUGCAAAGGACCCCAGGAUCAUUGUUGUCAGUAGUGACGGUCAUCGGUUGAACCCAUUCCGGUUCGAUGACUACAAUUUUGACGAUGGAAAGACCUACAACCGGUGGUACGCGUAUGGCCAGAGCAAGACGGCCAAUAUGCUGUUUGCCAUCUCUCUUGCACAGAAGCUUGGGAUGAAAUAUAACCUCCAGGCAUUCAGCCUCCAUCCAGGAGUCAUCUGGACCAAUCUCGGAAAUCACUUGGACUGGAACGUUCAGUUUGAUGAACUACGCAAUGCCGACAAGUCUCUGGGUAAUCGUGAAGGGUGGAAGGAGUUCGAUAUCAAACCCCUCGAGAGGGGUGCUGCAACCCACAUCUACGCGGCAUUCGAUCCAAGUCUUAAGGCGAACAACGGGGCCUAUUUGCUCGACUGCCAUGUAGCCGAUCCUCUGGUGGAUACAGUCAAACCGUGGGCCGCCAGCAGCUUUGAAGCCGAAAGACUGUGGCAGCUGAGUGAGAGGCUGGUUGGACAGGAGUUUUCCUACUAG